AUGUUUUCAAUUUUAAGAAGAUUAUAUGGUGGUGGUGGUGGUGGUGCUGUUGCUUCUGCUGCUGCUGCUGCUGUUUGUUCUAUUAUUCCCACCAACAACAAGAACAAGAUUCCUCGUUUUGUUUCGUCAUCCUUCUCAGUAUUAUAUCCAACUCCCAUGGCUAGACCGCGUAUCGCUUUUUCUAAUGACUAUGGCAAUCCUCACGAUGAAGCUGUUAAAUUCUUCAAAAACAUGCUUUCCAUGGGUGUUUGUGUCAUAUCCCUUUAUAACCAUGUUCUUUCUAAACUUGCUAAAAUGCACUCUUUCGACACUAUUUUUAUCCUUGUCAAAGAAUUAGAUGAUGAAUUAUCCAAAUUCGAUGGUCCUGUACGUCCAGAUCCAGACACUCAUACUUUCAUUAUCCUCAUCCAGUGUCACUCUCUAAGAGGUAACAUGUCUUCAGCUCUCUAUUUAUUCAAUAAAAUCAUCGACUCCGGUCAUUAUCCUACUGCUGAAACUUUAAAUGCUCUCUUAGAAGGUUUUUGUCUUAGAAGUCAGAUAGACAAAGCAAUGCCGUUUUAUAAUGACAUCAUACUUAAAAAGGGUUAUCCUUUGGACCAUCGUAGUUAUAAUAUUCUUGUCGAUGGAUUAUGUGAGAUAGGAGAAACUCAAUUAGCCAUCAACAUGUUGAGACAGGCACUGCUGAUUGAAAGGGAACCAGAAGAUACUUGUGUUUCUCUCACGUCUUGUUAUAACUCAAUCAUAUUCAGGCUCUCCAAAGAAAGACUUGUAAACCAAGCCUAUGCUCUUUAUGUUGAAAUGAUUUUUAACAACAUCUUGCUUAACCCUAUAACAUAUGCAAAUCUAAUCUAUGGUUAUUGCAUCAUCGGUCACUUUAAACUAGCUGUUGAAUUGCUUAAAGAAUUGUUGCACCUUUAUCAAACUUUAGUUACCGAACAAGAGGUGAAAUCUGUUAAAAGUGCAGCAACUUUGGUGAUAAAAGCUGGUGUCAAACCUAAUGUUGCUUGUUAUCAACCUGUUAUGUGUCAACUAUACAAACGGAGAUCAAGACGGUUUGUUAUGAAUAAGAUUGCAGAACAAGUGAAAAUUUUCGAGAAUGCAAAACAUUAUCUCGAUCCUUACUAUACAUAA